UUACAUACAUUCAAAUCACACUCACUCUUGCCUGCUGUGCUUGCUUCUUCUCUGUAAAUCUCCUCAAUUUCUACAUUUUAGAUGGAGGCUGCAGCGUAUAACCCCCGCACAGUCGAAGAAGUUUUUAGGGAUUUCAAAGGUCGUCGUGCCGGAAUGAUCAAGGCUCUCACCGCCGAGGUUGAAGAUUUCUACCAGCAGUGUGAUCCUGAAAAGGAGAAUUUGUGUUUGUAUGGUUUUCCAAGUGAGCAAUGGGAGGUAAAUUUGCCUGCUGAAGAGGUCCCACCAGAACUCCCGGAACCAGCAUUGGGUAUCAACUUUGCUAGAGACGGAAUGCAAGAAAAAGAUUGGUUAUCGUUGGUUGCUGUUCAUAGUGAUGCUUGGUUGCUUUCCGUCGCAUUCUAUUUUGGUGCCAGAUUUGGCUUUGAUAAAGCUGACAGGAAGCGUCUGUUCAACAUGAUAAAUGAUCUCCCGACAAUAUUUGAGGUUGUAAGUGGUGCUGCAAAGAAAAACCAAAAGGAGAAAAUCGCUGUAUCUAAUCACAGUAGCACCAAAUCCAAGUCAAACUCCAAAGUGCAGCGGGACCCAGAUUCUCAGGGGAAGUACCCGAAGCAGCAGCCGCCACCACCGCCAGUAAUGAAAGACGAUGACGAGGAGGAGGAGGAGGAUGACGAGGAUGAGCAUGGAGAAACCUUAUGUGGGGCCUGUGGUGAGAAUUACGCAUCGGACGAGUUCUGGAUUUGCUGUGACAUUUGUGAAAAAUGGUUUCAUGGCAAGUGUGUGAAAAUCACUCCAGCAAGAGCAGAGCACAUUAAGCAGUACAAGUGCCCUUCAUGCAGCAACAAAAGAGCCCGACCGUAAUCUUUUAACUGUCUACUUUUCUAACUUAUGUGGUGUUUACUGAACUUGUUUCGCAUGUGUAUUUCGGUUACUGGACCUCAGUUGCUGCUGCUGUGUAAUUAGGUCAGUAAUGUCGUUGAAACUAAACUUUGCAUCAUCUUGUUAAUCCAAGAAUUUUAAAUCUCUCA